AUGCCGAGGGGCUUCCUGGUAAAGCGAACUAAACGGACAGGGGGCUCCUACCGAGUGCGCCUAGCUGAGCGGAUCUUCCCACUGCUGGGGCCCCAGGGGGCGCCGCCCUUCCCCGAGGAGGCUUCCAGUGCUCCCCAGCCAGGUGCGGAGCAGGUGGCACCCCCCACCCUGGAGGAGGAGGCGGCAGCCCGCGAGUUGUCGGGGUCGUCCUGUCAGGCGGCUAGGGUGAGCCCAGGGGAGGGCGGGCAGGAAGGUGCUGCGGAGUGGAGGGCGGAUGGCAGGGAGGGCCCCGGGCCCAGCCCCAGCCCCACCAAGCCGGCGGGCGUGGAGCUGCGCCGGGCAUUCCUGGAGCGCUGCCUCAGCUCACCCGUCUCUGCAGAGUCCUUCCCCGGGGGUGCCGCCGCGGUGGCUGCUUUCUCCAGCUCGGCGGCGCCAGCAGCUGCACCGACCUCCGGGGAGCAGUUCCUGCUGCCGCUCCGGGCACCAUUCCCAGAGCCAGAGUUCCAUCCAGACCCUGCACCCCUCUCGGUCACCCUGCAAGGCCUAAAGCGGGCCGCUGGCAACGAGCGCCGUGCCAAGGCACCUCCGGGCUGCGCGUCUGGACCCGCGGCCGCCGGAGUCAAGAAGCCAAAGGCCAUGAGGAAGUUGAGCUUCGCAGAUGAAGUGACCACGUCCCCUGUUCUGGGCCUGAAGAUCAAGGAGGAGGAGCCCGGAGCACCGUCCAGGGGCCUGGGGGGCAGCCGCACGCCUCUGGGGGAGUUUAUCUGCCAGCUAUGCAAGGAGCAGUACGCGGACCCCUUCGCUCUGGCUCAGCACCGCUGCUCCCGCAUCGUACGCGUCGAAUACCGCUGCCCUGAGUGCGACAAGGUCUUCAGCUGCCCUGCGAACCUCGCCUCCCAUCGCCGUUGGCACAAGCCCCGUCCCGCAGCGGCAAAUGCUGCCACAGUCUCUUCAGCCGACGGGAAGCCACCUCCUUCCUCAGCCUCCCCAGACUCUGGGGCUGUUGCAUCUUUCUUGGCGGAGGGGAAGAACAGCCGGGCAGAGCAAACGGCAGAUCAGCACCUGCAGGCGAGGGACAGCUCCAGGGCGGAGCAGCACCAGGACAGCGCCCCACACCCGGGCCUCCAGGUGUCCCACCCCGAGCCACCGCUGCCUCAGGUCCCCUAUACGGAGGGGAUGUUGGGGCGCCGGGUGCCUGGGCCAGGCAGUGCCAGUGGUGUCGGGGGACCCGAGAUCUUCAUGUGCCCAUAUUGCCACAAAAAGUUCCGUCGCCAAGCCUAUCUGCGCAAGCACCUAGGCACUCACGAGGCAGGCUCUGCUCGUGCACUUGCCCCGGGCUUUGGCUCUGAACACGGUGCCCCGCUCGCCUUCGCUUGCCCGCUGUGCGGGGCCCACUUCCCUUCCGCAGACAUCAGGGACAAGCACCGGUUGUGGCACGCGGUCCGCGAGGAGCUGCUCCUGCCUGCUCUGGCUGGGGCCCCCCCUGAAGCUCCAAGCCCAGGCGGGGCAUCCGACGGGAGUGCUCAGCAAAUUUUCUCGUGCAAACACUGCCCGUCCACUUUUUUUAGCUCCCCGGGGCUGACCCGGCACAUAAAUAAGUGCCACCCCUCAGAAAGUCGGCAGGUACUGCUGCUGCAGAUGCCGUUGCGGCCUGGCUGUUGA